AUGAUAGAUGGCAGUAAUAAGGAGGGAAUAGGGGCAGCCAAUGGAAGCGGUGACACCGAUGACUACGAAGACCACACUACGCCGGGUUUCGAUUGGGUGUGGGAGGUCCAGGAGCUGUCCGCACCUUCAACCGCCACGGAAGAGAGUGAAGAAGAGAAGGAUAAGGGAGAAGAGGGUGGUGACACUUCAACGAAGGAAGCCGAUGCGGAAGAAGCUGAAAAUUCAGAUGAGGAGGAGAGUGUGGACGAAUCUGCUAGCACGAGCUACUCCGACCCAUGGCGCAUCAUUGACACGGGGGACAAUGAAAAGGCGGCAGCAGAAAUUGAAGACCUACUUUCGGACGGUGCGAUCAUCAUCGGAAGGGAGGUUGCAGGAGAUUCCGUAGGAGCGGAAGACAACGCAGCAGCAGAGAAAGGUGGAGCUGAAAAGGAGAAUGAGGAGAUGGGCCAAGGGAAACGGGUCAAGAAACCCAAUCCCAAUCCUCUCUCCCCCUGUCCUGUCCGUGCCCACCCACGAACGCAUGUCUGCACGCUUGAAGGCACACAAUCCCUCUCUCUCUGGCCGAGCAGGUGGCUCUACAACAAUUCCCUCACCGGCGCUAUCCCGGCUGACAUUGGCUCACUCACCAGCAUGAUCACGCUCCAUCUCUACUCCAACAUGCUUUCUGGCUCCGUGCCCUCCUCAAUCACAAAGCUGACUGCACUGAUGUUUUUAGACAUUUCAAGCAACAACCUGUCUGGCAGCAUUCCUGCUGCCAUCAGCACGCUCACCCAAAUUUCUCGCCU